GGGGCGGCGGGGCGGCGGCGGCCGGAAAUCAGGGACCAUGGUGCUCAAUAGUUUGGAGAAGAUGAUUCACCUGCAGAAAAACACUGCUAACAUCAGGAACAUCUGCGUGUUAGCUCACGUAGACCACGGAAAAACUACUCUAGCUGACUGUCUUAUAUCCAGCAAUGGAAUCAUUUCUAGCCGCCUCGCAGGCAAGUUAAGGUACAUGGACAGCAGAGAAGAUGAACAGGUUCGAGGGAUCACUAUGAAAUCCAGUGCCAUUUCACUACAUUAUGCAAAAGAUAAUGAGGAUUACCUGAUCAAUCUCAUAGACUCUCCGGGGCACGUGGACUUCUCCUCAGAAGUGUCAACAGCUGUGCGCAUCUGUGACGGGUGUAUCAUCGUGGUCGAUGCCGUGGAAGGAGUGUGUCCACAGACACAAGCUGUUCUGCGACAAGCCUGGCUCGAAAACAUCCGCCCGGUUUUGGUGAUUAAUAAGCUAGAUCGUUUGAUAGUGGAACUGAAAUUUACCCCCCAGGAGGCCUAUUCUCACCUCAAGAAUAUUUUAGAGCAGAUUAAUGCACUCACAGGAACUCUUUUUACUUCUAAAGUCCUAGAAGAAAGAGCAGAGAGAGAGACUGAAUCGCAGGUGAAUCCCAGUUCUGAACCAGGAGAGCAAGUAUACGACUGGAGCACUGGCUUGGAAGACACGGAUGAUUCUCACCUCUACUUCUCUCCAGAUCAGGGCAAUGUGGUGUUUACAAGUGCAUUAGAUGGGUGGGGCUUUGGGGUUGAGCACUUUGCCACAAUCUACAGUCAAAAAAUUGGCAUCAAAAAGGAAGUUCUUCUGAAAACCUUGUGGGGAGAUUAUUAUAUCAAUAUGAAGGCUAAGAAGAUCAUGAAGGUUGAUCAGGCAAAAGGAAAGAAACCUUUAUUUGUGCAGCUGAUCCUGGAGAAUAUAUGGAGUUUGUAUGAUGCCGUCUUGAAAAAGGACAGAGAAAAAAUUGAUAAAAUAGUGACUUCUUUAGGAUUGAAAAUUGGAGCCCGAGAGGCACGACAUUCAGAUCCUAAAGUUCAGAUCAAUGCCAUCUGCAGCCAGUGGCUGCCCAUCUCCCAUGCUGUGCUCGCUAUGGUAUGCCAGAAGCUUCCCAGCCCCCUGGAUAUGACAGCCGAGAGGGUGGAGAGACUGAUGUGCACAGGAUCACAGACGUUCGACUCUCUACCGCCGGAAACCCAGGCCCUGAAAGCAGCUUUCCUGAAAUGUGGAAGCGAGGACACUGCUCCAGUUAUUAUCUUUGUUUCCAAAAUGUUUGCAGUUGAUGCCAAGGCUCUGCCCCAGAAUAAACCCAGACCUCUCACUCAGGAAGAAAUUGCUCAGAGGCGUGAGCGUGCAAAGCAGAGGCACGCGGAGAAGCUGGCAGCAGCGCAGGGCCAGGCACCCAUGGAGCGCCCCCAGGGUGGGAGUGCCCUUGAAACAAGUCCACAGGCAGAAGAGCCAAAAGGCGAUGAGCAUCAGCUGGAGACUGUGACCCUUAAAUCUCUGCCCCAGGAAGGAAACAACCAAGAGUCUUUUAUUGCAUUUGCUCGCGUGUUCAGUGGUGUGGCUCGAAGAGGAAAGAAAAUUUUUGUCUUGGGGCCUAAAUACAGUCCCGUUGAGUUUUUGCAGCGGGUGCCAUUAGGCUUCUCGGCUCCUCUAGAGGACCUUCCCCCGGUUCCCCACAUGGCAUGCUGCACUCUAGAAAACCUGUAUCUUCUGAUGGGGAGAGAACUGGAAGACCUAGAGGAGGUACCUCCAGGGAAUGUGCUAGGCAUCGGGGGCCUUCAGGACUUGGUGCUGAAGUCAGCAACACUGUGCAGUGUGCCAUCUUGCCCGCCGUUCAUACCGCUCAACUUCGAGGCCACCCCUAUUGUGAGGGUUGCUGUUGAACCGAAACACCCAAGUGAAAUGCCUCAGCUCGUCAGAGGAAUGAAACUCUUAAACCAGGCUGACCCCUGUGUCCAGAUCUUAAUUCAAGAAACAGGAGAGCACGUCUUAGUGACAGCAGGGGAGGUCCACCUUCAGCGGUGCCUGGAUGACUUGAAAGAAAGGUUUGCUAGGAUUCAAAUCAGUGUAUCUGAACCCAUUAUUCCAUUCAGAGAAACAAUCACCAAACCCCCAAAAGUUGACAUGGUCAAUGAAGAAAUAGGCAAACAACAAAAAGUUGCAGUUAUCCACCAAACAAAAGAAGAUCAGAGCAAAAUCCCUGAAGGAAUUCAAGUUGACUCUGACGGGCUCAUCACCAUAACAACCCCCAAUAAGCUUGCCACACUCAGUGUUCGAGCCAUGCCCCUUCCAGAAGAAGUCACACAGAUCCUGGAAGAAAAUAGUGAUUUGAUUCGUUCUAUGGAGCAGUUGACAUCCUCUUUGAAUGAGGGCAGACAUAAUCAGAUGAUGCACCAGAAGACCCAAGAAAAAAUGUGGGAAUUCAAAGGGAGACUAGAGCAGCACCUAACAGGGAGGAAAUGGAGGAACACUGUUGACCAGAUCUGGUCAUUUGGCCCAAGGAAAUGCGGGCCCAACAUAUUAGUAAAUAAGAGUGAAGACUUUCAGAACUCAGUAUGGACAGGCCCAGCCAUCAAAGCUUCAAAAGAGACCAGUAGAUACCGAGAUUUUGGCAAUAGCAUCGUGAGUGGUUUCCAGCUAGCAACCCUCUCUGGCCCCAUGUGUGAGGAGCCUCUCAUGGGUGUCUGUUUCGUUCUGGAAAAAUGGGACCUAAGUAAAUUUGAGGAACAAGGGGCGAGUGAUAAACACAAUCCAGAGCAAAGAGACUUGGUGCAGGAGGGACAGGGGGGAGGAGAAGCCUGUUCCAGCAAAGGUGAAAACCAGGGACUCCAAGAUGGCAGCCUUGAGCCCAUGGAGAAGAAGACUUCCCAGAGAGGAGAGUCUUCACUCACUGACUGCUACGGACCCUUCUCAGGACAGCUCAUCGCCACCAUGAAGGAAGCCUGUCGCUAUGCCCUGCAGGUGAAACCUCAGCGUCUGAUGGCAGCAAUGUACACGUGUGACAUCAUGGCCACCGGUGAUGUUCUUGGUCGUGUCUAUGCCGUCUUGUCAAAGAGAGAAGGUCGAGUGCUUCAAGAAGAAAUGAAAGAAGGGACAGACAUGUUCAUCAUCAAGGCGGUGCUGCCCGUUGCUGAGAGCUUCGGCUUUGCGGAUGAGAUCAGGAAGCGGACGAGUGGCUUGGCCAGCCCGCAGCUGGUGUUCAGCCACUGGGAGAUCAUUCCCAGCGACCCCUUCUGGGUGCCAACCACCGAGGAAGAAUACUUGCACUUUGGGGAAAAGGCUGAUUCUGAGAACCAGGCCCGGAAGUACAUGAACGCCGUGCGCAAACGGAAGGGUCUUUACGUGGAAGAGAAGAUCGUGGAGCACGCAGAAAAGCAGAGAACCCUCAGCAAAAAUAAGUAGCUACUCUACUGACAAGUUCUCUUCUUUAUAGUAAAUGUAAAAGCAUCACCCAGGGUUUGAUCCUGGAAACACUUCUUUAUGCUGCAUUCUCUCUGUGUGUCCACUUUCAAUAAAGUUGGUCCUUAUGAAUAUUUUAAA